GUAACUAGCAGCCAGAUCAGAGUCGAGCAACGUUACAAGUGUAGGGAGGGAAACUAUAACGUAAGCUAACCGUGGAUGCCACGAUAAACGGAUAUUUUUUAAGGAAAGGCCACAUUGCUCUUGAAUAUCCCUUUUUCCAGAAGAGGCAAACAUGAGCGGUUUUACCAGACCCGACCGACACAGGACACCGUCAUUCACCCGGGCAACACACCUUGGAGCAUCCAAGUCUGACCUAGAGAGAGAUUCAGGCUUCUCAGAUGCCAGCUCUGAGUACCUCAGUGCAGUUGAUCUGACUGACUCUGAAGAUGCAGGAAGGAAUGGGUCAAUAGUCGGCCAGGACCCAGCUGGUCCGCAGGUGGCUGUGAUGGGAGGCUCAUAUGCUGGACUCUCUCCAAUGAUCAUCAUGAAUAACUUUGUCUUAAAGCAGCCUUCCCAGAUGGCUCCAGCAGAGAAACAGUGGGGCUUUCCUUCACCAUUGGAAGUGAUGCCCCAGUCACAGGUGGUUCUUCUUCAACCCAUGGUAUCAAAUGGUAGCAACAGCGUUCCAAAGACUGGCUCUGAAAAUGUCAGACAAUCCAAAAGCUACAUGCCCAUCCUCAAGUCAUAUCCCAGAAUCGCCCCACACCCAGCGGACCUGCCCUCUAAGAGGGUGGGAUCUUCCAGGGUGAGGGUGAGUUCAACGUCAGGAUAUGACCAGCGACAGAGAAGGCACCACCACAGCCACAGACUCUACAGCUCCCCCAGCCCACAGCCAGCACUGCAGCCUACCGUCAAGCCCAUCUCCAACUUUGAAGCAGCAAACAACCACUUACAAUCAGCUGAGGGUCAGGAGCAACUCAGUGACAGGUCUUUCUCCCUGCUGGCAGGGACCAGCUCUCUGCUCCCCUACACAGAUGAAUACAGGACAGAUAUUGACAGCAACAGGAUGGAUGUUGACCAGGACGACGCCCUCUCAGUGGACACUAACAAACUGAAACGUUUCAGCAAUACCUACAACAUUCUCAACAAAUCCGGCUUGCUGGGGAUCACCAUGCGCACAAAGCAGCUGAUCAAGGAGAAUAAGCGCACCCAAGGUGAACUGCAGCAGCUUCAGGAGCAGACGGCUCUGCUGCUGGAGGCUCUGAGUAGCGGAGACCCGCAGCUCUGGACUAAACUGCAGCUCUCUCUGCAGCACACAGACAAGAAGCAGUGUGGAGCGAAAGCUCAGAGUGUGCCUGCCUAAUAUAUCAAGGGACAUGACCAGCGGUUCUCAAUCAGUGAGUCACAAGAUGAUUUAUUGAAUGUGAAAAUUUUUGUAGUAACAGUUUACUUGGUGUGAAACAGUAUUUAUAGCAUUAUAACUAAACAAACAAUAAUUUUAAACUAAACAAAACUAUAAACUUUCAUGCUUUUAUCAGGACAGCACCAAUCAUCUCAAUAUUCAGAACUGCUGGUCUGGUGUAAAGCCGGAGCACACGUUAAUAGGGAGUGGCAGUUAAGAAGCAUGCUUACAUCUAAAACCCUUGCCUAUAAUGAAUUUUCUUGCCUCUGCUAUUUCAAAAUCGCAAGUAUGACUUGCAAUAGGGCUAUGGCUUCUAUAUGUUGAACUCCUAAUUGCAUAACGCAUGUAUACAUCACAUGUGAGGGCACAUGGGGUUAACUCCACAUACAUGCCCUGAAUGUGACGGCUUUAGAGAAAAUGUAAGCAAAAUUUUUACUUUAUGAAUCAAAUAGAAAACCUGGUGUGGAUAUAUGUAGCCUGUGAUUCAGUUUCCUCGUUACUGAGAUCUUGGAUUGACAGGACAGUGUCUUGUCCAUUUUUUAAAAUAUACUUUGUUUUUAUAUCGGUUCAUAAAUGAAAGUGGAUGAGAAGAUGACUCUUUUGUGAAGAAGUGUAAAUACGAACAUCUUCUCUUCUGAAACAGCAGCUGGGUAGCUCACAGUGAGAGUUCCGAGCACUGGCACAACCAUAACAUUUUGUUUGUUUUUUGUAAUUUCUGACUUGGUGUCAGUAUUAUUUAUUUGUAAUAAUGUUCCUGACCAAGACUAAAGCUGUGUGAAUAAUACAAACAAAUCAGGCACAUAUAACAAGUUUGCCAAUUCACUGGUGAAGCA